AUGCCUCCGGUUGCUUUUCAGGAUGACUAUGUCGUCGAGCACGACACAGAGUGGUUCACGUGCAUAGGCCCCACGCUCCUGCAGCAGGCCGUUGCCAGUCCGGAAUGCCAGGCCUUUUAUCUUGCCAGUACCUUGCUCGAAACAUUGUUAGAGCACCAGGUGUCUUGUCAUCAGUUGCAGAACGUAGGCUGUCAAAGACAGUGCCUUACUGUCUCACUGGAGCAUUCAGUGCCUGUCACCGCCCAUCAGACCAAUGUCCUGCAACUGGAAAGCUUGCUCCCGCACAACCAAGAGAGGGAUGGUCUCGCAGCUGGCCACGAUUGGCUUGAUUGCGACCUACAUCACUUUCUGCAGGACAGCCACAUUCCCCUAGAGUUGCGUACUCGCUUUGCGAAUUUCCACUCUUGGCAUGAUCACGGCACCCCCGCACCAGACUACGUGUCAGUUUAUACAGACGGCUCUGCCACUGGAAUUGGCGAACACCACCCAGACGCAGUUCCUUGUUCUUGGGCAUUUUCUGUGUGGGCCCAUUCUUCCGGCAAGCAAUACCUAGUAGGAUAUGCAGCGGACCAAGCCACUCCAACUGGCACUCCUUUCCACCUGCUCGAAACUACAGAUACUGCUUUGACAGGCGAAUAUCUUGCCCUGGCCUGGGGUCUUAUUUGGGUUGCAGAGCAUGGCUGCCAGCAUUGCUCUUCGUUCGGCUUUUACUACGAUGCUCUAAGCGCAGGCAGUGGUGUUUUUGGCACAGCCGCCAUACCCACCGGAGCCGAAUACAGACCCAUUGCCUCUUUUUGUGUCUACCUGCGACAGUAUGUGCAAACUCUAGUACGUCUAGAGCACUUCCAUGUCCAAAGCCACAGUGGCCAGAUACAAAACGAAUUCGUCGACCAGCUUGCCAAACAAGCCCGACGCCGCCCGACUGACGUCUGGGACCGAUGUUUGCCCCUUUGGCCUGCACGCUUAUGCCUGCAUCCCUAUGCAUCGUGGGCCUGGGCCACACGACCUGUACACCCAGAUUUGCCCACUUUCUACAGUUUCGAGUCCGAAGCGUACAGACUCCAGGGUCUCACUCGGAGCAGCACGCAUGCUCCCACACAAGGACUACAGAGUAUUGCCCUCGCAGGCGGUCAUGCAGCUUUCCACUUUGGGCUCAUAACUGUCAAUGUGCUCACUCUGCGAGAUGUGCCGGACAAGGCACACUCUGUCCAGCCAACCGGGCUUCGACUCCCUGGCCGCAAAGGCAUCCUGAAACAGACACUAGCACCACACCGACCCUUAUUUAUCGGGAUCCAGGAAACACGUCUCCAGACUGAUUCUGUGCAACCAGAUGCAGACUACCAUAUCCUGCAGUCCAGUGCUACAGAUGCGGGCGUAGGAGGCUGCGCUCUGUGGGUCUCCAAGACCCAGCCAUAUGCUACGUGUGGAAACAGCAAGCUCUACAUCGAAGCCAAUCACCUUACGGUAACCAGUCACGGUUUCCGACAUCUUAUUGUCACAGUUUCCGCACCACGCCUGCUACUCCAAGUCUGCGUGUUGCAUGCCCCUUCCUUAGCCAACACACCUCGACAGACCGUCGAAGACUUUUGGGACACACAUGCCCAACACAUCUGCACGAGACCGGAAGGGGCCGACUUUAUCAUUCUCCUCGAUGCCAACUCGAGAGUUGGGAGCGUCGUGUCGCCCCACAUCAAUGACAAGGAUUUUGAGAUAGAAACCGAAAGUGGUGCCCUUUUCCAUGAUUUUCUUGUCCGUGUUGACGGCUUUCUGCCCACCACUUGGCCAGAAAUUCAUACAGGCUCCUCUGGCACAUGGUGCUCGCCCCAGGGCGAUUGGUCUAGGCUUGAUUACGUCAUUCUUCCAUGUUCGUGGCAAGGCGCCACACUGGAAUCCAGAGUUUUGACGGAGGCAGAAAUGCUCCAAAAACGAGAAGAUCAUCUUCCUGUGUAUGUCUCUUGCUCUUUUGCAAAGAGCCUCCCACCAGACUCGUACAUCAGCACCCGCAAGAAGGUUAUUAGACCAGCACCAACUCAACGCAACACUCCGGAGGCGCAGGCAGCGCUUACAAGAGUCCCUGCCAUUGACUGGACUGUUUCAGUUGACCAACAUUGUGAUACGCUUGUCCAUGCUUGGCACAACGCAGCUGCACCAUUGUGUUCGACUGACCAGCCCAGGCCCCUCCAGGCAUACCUUGCCUCCACUACACUUGACAUAGUGUACCACCGCCAAGCCUUACGCAAGUAUCUUUCUCAAGAGGCCGGUGAGCUCAGGCGCCGCCUAUCCCUUAUUGCGUUUGCUGCCUUUGUCCUUCAUACUCAAGGGCGACGCUUUAACCCAAAUGCUGUUGCCAGGGCGGAUUUCUGGUUGCGUGCCAUGGAUGUCAGCGAAGCUGCCGCCGUUGCCCUUCUGCACUGGUAUGGGAAACAACUUCGAGUCGCAGUUGCCAAUGACAGAAGAACAUAUCUUCAAGGUUUGACUCUGUCAGCGGCACAGGCUGACUUCCGCAACCCUCGAGAUCUCUACCAGGCAAUCCGCAAAGCCUUCCCUGCCGCCAAGGCUUCCAGGCGCAGCCAUAUACUGCCCCUUCCAAUACUGUAUCGGGCGGAUGGCACGGUUGCCAGCACCACUGACGCAAGAGCACAAUGUUGGACGACACACUUCGCAGCCCAAGAAGGAGGAGUCGUCGUUUCUGCCGAGGAAUACAUGAGCCAUGUCGCCGACAUGAACCGCCGAGUUCGCCAGCCCGUCUUCAACUGUGGCACGCUCCCCACCCUUUGUCAGACGGAACAGGCCAUCCACGGACUACACAACAACCGUGCCGCGGGACCGGAUGGCACUACUGCGGAAGUUCUCAAGGUUUCCGCUUCCCAUUCCACGCGACAACUGAUGCCACUCAUCGUCAAGACAGUGCUCAGCAUCCAAGAGCCAGUCUCUUGGAAAGGUGGCACCCUGAUGGUGCUUGCCAAGAAAGCCUGCGCAAAACUUACCUGCGAGAACUAUAGAUCAAUCCUUAUAUCUAAUGUGCCAGGUAAGGUCUUUCACAGGUGUCUUCGCUCGGGCCUUAAACCAUACCUCCUUGCCUCUCAGCCCGCAUUACAAGCAGGUGUCCAGGAAGGAGUCGGUAUAGAGGUUCCAGCUCUUGCAAUUCGUAGCUUCAUAGCCCUCCACGAUGGACUCCGGAGGCCUUGGGGAGUUAUCUUUGUGGAUCUUGCUGCAGCCUUCUACUCCGUCUUGAGACAGAGCCUCGUCCCUAACCCAGAUACUGACGAGGGAUUUCUCAGCCUUCUGCAUUCCCUGCAGCUCCCUGAUACAGCAGUGCAAGAACUCCAUGCACAUUUGCAGGCUGCUGCCGAACUCCCACUCCAGGGAGCUACGCCACAUCAGGUUGAGGUUAUACGAGACCUAUUCACGGGGAGCUGGUUUCGACUUGCCACUCACCCGACCAUCGUCCUCACAAAACGAGGGUCCCGGCCAGGUGACCCACUUGCAGACAUUCUAUUUGCCUUUACCCUUUCUGCCUACUUGCGCAAAGCCCACGAGCUGCUCGAAGAAGCCGGGGUCCUACAGCCGCUCCCGAGACCCGACUCUCGGCCCACAUGGGCACCUUGCUUGGUAGAUUAUGAGUUGGGCAACCCAGCAUGGGCAGAUGACUUCACCUGGCCCGUCUCUGCACCCAGUGCACCGGAUCUGCUACGUCAUGCUGCCACCGGCACGUCUAUCUUGCUGUCUCAUGCCUCCAGCAUCGGCAUGAAGCUUAAGUUUGGUGUCGAAAAAACAGCCCUCCUUCUUUCAGAGGCUGUUAAGCGUGAUGCUGCCUCCCUCCUUGACAGAUCCUCUGAUGGGAACCUUUGUCUUGCCAUCCAAGAUCACAGUACAGGCAACACGGAAGACUUGCCAAUAGUGUCGGCAUACCGGCACUUGGGAGGUAUCGUCACCUCCACCUCCUCGCCAGUCCCUGAUCUUCAUCACCGUUUUGCUCGCGCAGAUGGUACCGCACGGCCUCUACGUCGGGCUUUCUUUAGCUCCCGACAAUUCCCGGUCGCCGUUCGCAGGUCUCUGCUUCAGGCACUCGUUGUCUCCAAAUAUGUUCACACAGGGGCCGCCCUCAUUUUGCGGGCUGCAUGCCAUCUCAAACUGUGGGAGAGGCACUAUAUCUGCCUUUGGCGUAAUUUGUCAAGGCGGAUUGCCGCCGACCACCAAGACCAUCCCUACAUCGUCCUCUCCAGAGCAGAAGCAGGAGCACCCCCCCUUGCGCUCGCUAAAGCACGGGCCACUUUCCUCGCGAAGGUCUUUACCAAAGGCCCAGCCCCGCUUGCUGCUUUCCUCGUUGACCAUUUCCUGCUCCACCCCUCCUCUUCGUGGCUUGAUCAGCUCCGUGCUGAUGUGGACUUCGUUGCUCUGUACUUGCCCUCUGUCAGAGCUGUACUUCCAACACAGAGAGAAGUAGGGUGUUUGGUCGAGGCUGCCCAGGACGAUCCACACUGGUGGGUUCGCACUAUCCGUAAGGUUGAAAAGCUCUACCUACAAGAGCUGCAACGAUGGCAAGAGUCUCAAGCCCACGACUCUCCACCUGAGCAUGCUGCAUCCCAUGUCACUCCCGCUGAAGCGCCGUUUAUCUGCGGGACCUGCUCCAAAUCAUUUGUGCUCCGCAAGCACCUACAUGUACACCUUGCAAGGGCCCAUGGCUUUCUGAGCCCCUCCCGACAUUAUGCCCUCACAGAGGCUUGCACAGCUUGCGGAAAGUUCUAUGGUUCCAUUUCGAAGGUCCAACAGCACUUGAAGUGUUCGCACAAGUGUCUCAAACGAUGCUCCAUGCUCCAUCCGCCCCUUACCAAAUGCCAAAUAGCGCGCCUUGAGGCGCCAGCUGAGAAAAUAGCCAAGUCCAUCAAAGCCGGUACGUGGAGAGCGUUUGUUGGCAGCGCGCCGCCCGCUCCUGCCCAUACCAUCGCUGGUCCUCUCUUGCCUACUGCUGCGGAACGACUCUGCGGGCUUGCCCCCGACGAGGACGCACUCCUCAGUGAUCUCGGUCGACAUUAUGUCCCAACUCCUGCCAUUACGGACUGGAUCGACGAGUAUAUUGCAGGCAAAUCUGUAGAAGGGCUCGGUAGGACGUUCUGGACCUGCCAGCGGUGGGCCAAGUCCAGGGCGGCCAGCACAGUUCUGUAG